ACGAGAUAAGGACACGUCUCCUGAUAAUAAGCCAGCAAUACUAACUGAUAUGGAAGUACUCUACCUGUUCUGUUUCCUCAUCGGUCUCCUACAGGCGUCAGAUCCACGGCUAGAAACGUACAAUGUUGGAGCUAACACGAUAUCUAUUUCUGGAAUUUCCUCUGGCGCAGCUAUGGCAACACAGAUGCACGUGAUCAAUUCGGAAAGAAUGAUGGGAGUAGGGAUCGUAGCCGGAGUGCCCUUUGGCUGCUCCGGAGGACUUAUAGCUGGUGCCUCCAUGUGCAUGCAGACACCGUCUGUAACAUCGGUAACGUCAAUGGAAAUUUUGGUGACGGCAGGUGGAUUUCUUGGUAACGUGGACUCGCCAUCAAACCUGCAAAACGACAAAGUAUACAUCUUCAGUGGCAACUCGGACACUGUGGUCAACCCUGGAAACGGUCCACAUAUACAACAGUUUUACCAGCAUUACAUUUCAAACAGAAGUAACAUUAAGACUGUAUUCGGCCUGGCUGCGGAACACUGCAUGCCGACCGAUAACUAUGGAGGGAAAUGUGACAUCCUGUCAGCGUCCAACGGUUACCUUAACAACUGUAACUACAGCGCCGCCUAUGAUCUACUCAAUCACAUAUACGGCGGUACACUGAAGAAACCUUGGAGUACUUCUGCUAUUUCAGGAAACUUGCUGAAAUUCGAUCAGAACGAAUUUUUCCAUCUGUCCCAUCCUUCCACAUAUAGCAUGGACGUAACCGGAUAUGUGUACGUACCGGAAGUAUGUUCACAGAGGAUCAUGGACUGUAAGUUACAUGUGGCUCUGCAUGGCUGCAAAAUGGGGAGGACAACCAUUGGAGAUGUGUACGUCCGUCACGCCGGCUACAACGAAGUUGCCGAGCUCAACAACAUCAUCAUUCUGUACCCACAAGUGAUCUCCACUGUGUCUAACCCUAACGGCUGCUGGGACUGGUGGGGGUACACGGGGACAUACUUCGCGACUAAACAUGGGUUCCAGAUCACGGCCCUCAGGAGGAUGAUCGAGAAAGUCAGUCACUAUUAAUCCAACCUGCAAGUACUGAUGUUGUCAUACAUUUAUCAACAAUAAAUAAAGGACGAUAA